AUUUCCAGCCUGCUUCGGUAAAGGAAUAAAGUAAUGGCAACCAAUGAAAAUGUUGGCAGAUUGGAUCACAAAAUUCAUCGAGUACACAGAGUUGGUGGUAAAGCGAAGAAGAAAGCUGUUAAGAAAGGAAGUGGAGUUAACGCUAAAGCUUUUACAUUCCAGUCUGCUGUUAAAGCAAGUCGCGCCAUUCGCAGGGCAGCAGAUAAGGAUGAAAAGAAAAAGCACAUACCGGUAGUCGAUCGCACUCCUGUCGAGCUACCACCAGUCAUUGUUGCUAUUGUUGGUCCUUCAAAGGUUGGAAAAAGUACGUUGCUGCGAUGUCUAGUAAAGCAUUAUGUGAGACAUACCUUAACUGAGAUCCGUGGACCAAUCACCAUUGUUACUGGCAAAACUCGACGAGUAACAUUUGUUGAAGUUAAUAAUGAUUUAAAAUCCAUGAUCGAUAUUGCGAAAGUUGUUGAUCUGGUUUUGCUAAUGGUAGAUGCUUCUUAUGGAUUCGAAAUGGAGACAUUCGAAUUUCUUAAUAUAUGUCAAGUGCAUGGAAUGCCUCGAAUUAUGGGUGUUCUUAGCCAUCUUGAUGUAAUUAAGAAAAAGGAGAAGUUGAAACAUACGAAGAAAUUACUGAAACAUCGUUUUUGGACAGAAGUUUAUCAGGGUGCAAAAUUAUUUUAUUUGUCGGGGAUGAUCAAUGAACAAUAUUUAAAAAAUGAAGUCCGCAAUCUUGCACGUUUCAUAUCUGUCACAAAGUUUCGUCCUCUAAUCUGGAGAACCAGUCAUCCAUAUGUUUAUUGUGAUCGUUACGAAGAUCUAACGGAUCAAGAGCUACUUCGCGAAAAGCCAUUGGCGAAUCGCAUGAUUUCGUUAUAUGGUUGGGUGCGUGGAACGUUCCUCAAAAAUCAUUCUGCUGUACAUAUACCUGGAAUAGGCGAUUUAAUGAUCAAGGAUGUGACGGCUUUACCGGAUCCAUGCCCGCUGCCAUCGAAAGAAAAGAUGAAACGCUCACUGAAUGAAAAGGAGCGUAUUAUUUACGCUCCAUUUUCUGGUCUUGGUGGUAUCGUUUACGACAAAGAUGCUAUUUAUAUUGAAACGGGUGGCUCACAUUCAUAUAAAAAACCUCGGCACGAACUCAUUGAAGUGUUGGGAAAUGUUAAGGAGGGUAUCGAUGAUAAAAUGCACAAAACAGCAUUGAAAGUGAUUACAAAUUCCCAAGUCGCUAUACCUCAUAGUGAGAGUGAAAGCGAAAUGGAUGGUAAUGAUUGUAAUACGAAAGAUGAAAUGGAAAGCAAUGACGAAGAGUCAAGUGACUUUGACGAUUUGAACAGUGAAAGUGAUGUAUCUGAGGAUGAAAAUGAUGGAAAAGGCACUGAAAAAAAGGCCAUUAAACGUUGGUCUGUACUUUGUACGCGAGCAAAAUUAUUGUACAACGAGAAAAAAUCGAAGAAAGUGAAUUGGACUAAAAUCGUGUAUUCUGAUUCUGACUUGCAUGACCAGAAUGAAGAGAAGCAAAAUGAAGUACUUGGUGGCCUUUUCAAAGUUCAAAUUCGAACCAGGAAAACCGCUGAUCACUUGGAAGAUGGUUUUUUCUAUUGUAAACCAUCAACAGUUACAUCUCAACAGCUUUUAAAGCAACGAGAUUGGGACGAUUUGGAGGUUCGUGCAUCGAUUGCGGAUUGCUUCGUUACGGGAAAGUGGAAUCCUGAUGAAGACGCUACUAUACAGUUAAAAGAUGCUAGUGAAGAUAGGGUUGAACGCAUUGAUCUAACUGAAGAAAAGAUAGAUCCAGCAACAGCAACAAAGAGAAGUGAAGAAGAAGCAGCUGAACGACGAAAAAUUGACAAAGAAAAAUUGAAAAGUCGUUUCAACGCUGAGUAUGAUGAGACGAAUAAACAUUAUGUACAACUGAAGGGAGAACUUGAAGAGCAGUCAAAGCUCAACAGGUCAAUUUUCGAAGAGCUGGAUGAAACAGCUCGACAACAGUUAGAGGGUUUUCGACCUGGGUUAUAUGUUCGAGUAGAAUUCGAGGAUGUGCCUGUAGAAUUUUUACAGCAUUUCGACCCAACUAGACCCUGCAUUAUAGGUGGUCUUCUGACCGGUGAACAGAAUAUUGGUUCUGUACAAGUACGGGUGAAGAAACACAGAUGGUAUGAGCGGAUAUUGAAGUCACGAGAUCCUCUGAUUAUAUCAUGUGGUUGGAGGCGAUUUCAAACUGUUGUCAUAUAUUCGAUACAGGAUCACAACAUGAGACAGCGUUUCUUGAAAUACACACCAGAGCAUAUGUUCUGUCAGGCAGUCUUCUGGGGGCCAAUAACAGCACAGAAUACAGGAUUCCUUGCAGUACAAUCGCUAAAUAGAGAUAUGAAAGGCUUUAGGAUUGCUGCAACAGGUGUUGUAUUAAAUUUGGAUAAAGCCUUCCAAGUUGUGAAGAAACUAAAGCUUAUUGGUCAUCCUUACCGGAUAUUCAAGAAAUCGGCUUUUAUCAAGGGAAUGUUCAACACUGUCUUAGAAGUAGCAAAAUUUGAAGGUGGUAUUAUACGCACAGUUAGUGGUAUUCGUGGUCAAAUCAAAAAAGCGUUACAUGAGCCUACAGGCGCGUUUCGGGCAACUUUUGAAGAUAAAAUUCUCAUGAGCGAUAUCGUUUUCCUUCGUGCUUGGGUAUCUGUACCCGUACCUCAUUUCUAUACUCCUAUAACAGAUCUUUUAUUAUCAUUGAACCAAGAAUGGGAGGGCAUGCGGACAGUAGGUCGCUUACGUUUCGAAAUGGGUUUGAAACCACCGAUGAAGUUGGAUUCCUUUUACAAGCCAGUUGAAAGACGACCAUUUGAUCCUGCACCGUUGCUUAUUCCAAAAACACUUCAGAAAGAGCUACCAUAUCGAUUAAAACCGAAAUUUGUGAAAGAAAUUAAGAAAAAGGGUGAUAAACUUGUAGAAAAGUAUAGUGGAGUUGUACUAGAGCCACAUGAAAGCAAGAUAAAUCGAUUCAUGGAAACACUGGGUACGGUGCAUGCGGAAAAAGUGAGGGCAGAAAGAACAGCAAUGGCACAACGUGUCAAAAAACAUCGCGUAGAAAUGGCAGCAUUGGAAGCACAACGAGAAUAUGGAAUAAAAAAAAAAAAGAAGAUUUGCCGUUUACUUUCCAAGCGAGAACAGAUGAAAUUGCGCAAAGCACUGGAUUCCGUUAACGAUAGUAAAUAAGGAUCUUUUUAACAACUUGAAAUUCCUUCAAUAUACUUGUCUGUUUUGGUGUUUUAAGCGAAUCGUUUUUAUUGUUUCCUGUUUUUCUGUCUUAUUUUUGGUUGAAC